UUCUCCUUCUGCUUCUCCCUUUGGCAUCUUUUUGUAAUGUAAUGUAAAAAGGCUCUAGGUAGAAGCUUGGUCUAUUUCCCUUGAGAUCUCGAAAGAGACGCUCAACUCACAGCUCAACAUGGCGUCUUCAGACGCGGACGAGACCCAAAAGGCUCCUAUGCCUGUCGCCAUCGUCGGCAUGUCUUGCCGUCUGUCAGGCGGUGUCUCGACUCUCGACGACUUUUGGACUAUGUUAUCACGUUCUCGUGAUGGCUGGAGACCUAUUCCUGAAGAACGAUACUCAGCCAAGGCAUACCAUCACCCUGAUCCUCACAAAAAAGGCUGCUUCAACCAAAAAGGUGGAUAUUUCAUGACUGGCGAUUUAUCAACGUUUGACGCACCGUUUUUCAAUAUCACAAGGCAGGAAGCUGAAGCCAUGGAUCCACAACAGAGACAUCUUUUGGAGUGCACGUAUGAAGCUUUAGAGAAUGCUGGAAUUCCCAAGCAGGCUAUUGCUGGCAGCAACAUGGGCGUGUUCAUCGGCGGCACUGCCUCAAAUUAUCAUCUUGGUACUUUGAAAGAGCUAGAUCAGGUACCAAUGUAUGAUGCCACUGGUAACCACCAGUCCAUUCAAGCUGGCCGCAUCUCUUACUACUUCAACUUGCAUGGCCCUUCCUUCACAGCAGACACGGCCUGCUCGUCCGGUUUAUACGCACUGCAUUUGGCGGUACAGAGUAUCCGUUCAGGAGAUUCGGACUCUGCCAUUGUCGCAGCGUCCAGCUUGCAUCUUCAGCCUCAUUACAUGAUUUCCAUGUCCGGAUUAGGGCUUUUUAACGAACAAGGAAAGACAUUUGCUUUCGAUCACAGGGCAAAGUCGGGUUUUGCUCGAGGCGAAGGCACAGGCUGUCUUAUUCUGAAACCACUUCACAAGGCGCUGGCAGACAACGACAAGAUAUACUCGGUCAUUAUCAACACUGGCGUCAACCAAGACGGCAAGACCUCAGGACUGACAAAUCCUAGCGGCGAUGCGCAAGAACAGUUGAUACGCGAUGUUUAUGCUAGAGCUGGCAUUUCUCCAGAAGAUACUGGAUACGUGGAAGCCCAUGGAACCGGUACGCGAGCCGGUGAUCCUAUAGAAGCUAAUUCCGUUCAUCGUGUUUUUGGAAAGGGGCGUACAAAGCGCGCGCCAUUAUAUAUGGGCUCAGUAAAGUCCAACGUUGGCCAUUUAGAAAACGCAAGUGGAAUUAUUUCCAUUAUCAAAGCAUCAAUAAUGCUAGACAAGGGUUUUAUUCUUCCCAACGUCAACUUUGAAAAGGCAAAUGAGGCCAUCCCCCUCGAUGAAUGGAACAUCAAAGUUCCAACCAAUAUCCGACCGUGGCCACGGAACAAGCGCUUCAUCAGCGUUAAUAGCUUUGGAUUCGGAGGAUCUAAUGCGCACGUUGUGCUUGAGAAAGUCCCAACGUCCUUCGUGGACCUUCCUCAAGAUAACCAGAACACGACUCCGAGACUAUUCGUGUUAUCAGCUCAUGAUGAAAGCGCUGUCAAGCGAAAGGCCGAAAAACUUGGCAUAUACAUUGAACAACACCCCGAAGUCUUCCAGAAACGAUUGGUCAAUGACAUGGCUUACACACUUGGGGAGAGGAGGACACAUCUGCAGUGGCGCAUCGCCAUUACAGCAUCCUCGUGUAGUGAGCUUGCAAAUGCUCUCAACAGCGUCAGUGCCACUCCUGGGGUAGUGCCUUCCAAGGAGCCAAAGGUGGCACUCGUAUAUACCGGUCAAGGAGCUCAGUGGGCAGGGAUGGGAAAAGAGCUUAUGAAGAGUCAUCCAAUCUUUGCCAAAGCUAUCGAAACUUGCAGCAACUAUCUGCAAACAAUUGGUGCUGAUUUCUCGCUGUUGGAAGAGCUCGCCAAGAGCAGCGAAGAGACACUAGUCAACGAGGCACACAUCUCGCAGCCUGCAUGCACAGCCAUACAGAUUGGCCUUACAAAACUGCUGGACGUUUGGGGAGUUUCACCUUCGGCAGUCAUCGGCCACUCCAGUGGUGAAAUUGGCGCUGCCUUUGCUGCUGGUGCCGUGACCCUUGAGGAUGCUAUGUCCAUAGCCUAUUGGCGCGGAAAGGUUUCAUCAGAAAUGAAAUUCAAGCAUCAGGAUCUCCGCGGUGCCAUGCUUGCUAUCGGUGCUGCAGCUCAAGAUAUCAGAGUCAUUGUUAAGACCCUGGGGCUACAAAGGGUCAAUGUAGCCUGCGAAAACUCUCCAAAUUCCAUUACGGCUUCGGGAGACGAAGAAGAUGUCGAUAGACUGGCUGCUGAACUAGAAAGUCGAGGCAUCUUCAAUCGCAAAUUGCGGGUGACAAUGGCAUACCACUCCGCUCACAUGCAGCUAGUUGCAGAUGAUUACAAGGCUGCCAUCAAAUAUGUGACAUCCAAGGACUCCUCAAAUGUUGAGUUUUAUUCAUCGCUAUUCGGGAAGAAAAUUGACUCGACAACAUCACUCGGCCCAUCAUACUGGGUCGAGAACUUGACACAGCCCGUUCUCUUCUCUUCGGCUUUCAAAGAGCUUUAUCUUGAUACAGAGCCGGACAUCGUUAUCGAGGUUGGCCCGCACUCUGCCCUUGAGGGUCCUAUUAAGCAGAUCCUGAAGGCUAUCAGCCCUAAAGUUGCUUUAGGAGUCAAAUAUUUGCCUUCUCUCGUUCGUAACCAGCAUGCGACCUCAUCGACCUUGAACUGCGCGGGUAGCUUGUUUCUCAAGGGCUACCCAAUCAACUUACGGAGAAUCAACCGUCCUAAUCAAGGCGUACGAGCCCCUACACUUGUCACGGACUUUUAUCCAUAUGGUUGGUCGGAGCACAAGUACUGGUUUGAGCCUCGGUCAGCUAAGCAGAUGCGCCAGAAGCCGUUUAAUCGUCACGAUCUCCUAGGCCUCUUGGAAGACUCUUUUAGUGAUGUCGAGCCUAAAUGGAAAAAUGUAAUUUCCACAGACGAUGUGCCUUGGCUUAAGGAUCAUCGCAUGCAAUCGCUAGCCACGUUUCCUUUAGCGGGCUAUAUCUGUAUGGCUAUAGAAGCAGCGUCACAGCGAGCACAGCUACGAGGUAUCCCAAUUACGCAAAUCGAAGGCUUCCGUCUCCGAGAGAUUCAAAUUUCCAAAGCUCUCAUACUAGAUGAUGGCGUUCCGUACGAGAUGGUGUUCUCUUUGAAGCCUUAUGCUGAGGGCACCAGGUCCUACUCUAAUGAGUGGGAUGAAUUUCGAAUUUUAUCGUGGAAUUCAGCCAGAGGUUGGCUAGAGCAUUGCAGAGGAUUGGUCGGAAUUAAGAAGGUCGUACCAGCUAAUCCAGUCAAUAGUGCUUUACUACAAGCCGCCUCUACUCGCCGUCAACAUACCAAGACAAUGGACUGCCAUCAGCUUUCCAUCAAUGAUUUCUACUCUGAGCUAGAGGCCCGAGGAGCUGGAUACAGCGGAGUCUUCAGGAUUCCGUCAGAUGCUGAUUUGAGGCUCGGUGAGAAAUAUACCACCGCGUCUAUAACAAUUCCCGAUACAGCAGCUGUCAUGCCGUUGUCUCAUGAAACAACAUCUAUUGCUCCAUCAGCAUUUAUAGACCUGUUUUUUCAGCUCACGUUUCCGAUACUGGGUGCUGGAAGCGGCAAGAUGCCUUCUCUUUUUAUGCCCUCUGCCGUCAAAGAGAUCGAUAUAAGCAGUGCUUUGCCAAACAAACCAGGGGAUCGGGUGCAAGUCGUUGUUAACGGAUACCUAAAUUUUGAAGCCCCUGGACCUGUUGACUUUUUUAUUGAUUCCUGGUAUCAAGAUUCCGCUGUGCCCGUGGUAAAGAUGAGUGGAUUCAGAACGACACCAGUUAAUGGCGAUAUCGUUGAGAGCAUGAAUCCGCGAUCUAUCUGUUACAAGGUGGAAUGGGAACCUCUUGAUGCGGAGAACAAGCAGCCGAUAAAACAAGACGUAAAGAACGGUAUUACUCAAAACGGCCACAAGGUUAAGAGUUCUAUCGAUCGAACAUCAGCGAUUGGUAACGGGCAAAAUAACCACACCAGCAAUGGCCAUCGAGCCCCCAAUGGCACUAAUGGCGCCAAAUCUCACACAAAUGGACACCACAAACUCAAAGAGUCUCUCGGAGAAGUCAAUGGAAAUGGCGCUAAAUCUCACACAAAUGGACACCACAAGCCCAAAGAGCCUCUUGGAGAAGUAAAUGGAAAUAGUGUGGAAAAUGGCAGCACCAAACGGUUGAAUUGCGAUCUUGCAGAGCAAAGCGUGAAUAACAGCUUAGAUGAUGUUGAUUUCGUUGUAAUCUCCCAACAUGAUGGUAACCAUCUGCUUGAAAGGGCUCUCUUGGAUCUGCUGGCGCUGCGCACCGCGAAGACUCCACGCCUAGUUGCCUUGUCUGAUGUCGUUCCUGAGCCGACCGCUUGUUACAUCUGUUUGGUUGAAAUAGACAAGCCGAUAUUUACCAACCUGACAGUCGAAACUUUUGAGAAAUUGCAGAAUCUGUUCACAGUCUGCCAUUCCAUGCUCUGGGUGACGUCUGGGGCGUAUCGCUUUGCAGAGAACCCAGAAAACAAUAUUGCGCAAGGUUUCUUACGUACGGUUCGUUCUGAGGCAAACAAAGCUGUAGCCUCUCUUGAUUUAGAUCCUCGUUCUAAAUCCGAUGCUCGUGACACCGCUGAGCUCAUCCUUCGUGCAGUCAAAGUCUCAGUUACGAUACCCGAGGACGAUGCUCCUGUGGAUUACGAGUUUGCGGAAGAAGAAGGCAAGUUGAUGGUACCUCGUGUUGUCAAGCAAGAUGACAUGAACCUCGCAAUCUUCCAUGAUACAGAAACUUCAAACUCGCCACCUUAUCCACAACCGUUUGAUCAGCCUGGACGGCGUCUCACUGUGGCUGUCGGUACCUAUGGUGCUCUUGACUCUCUGUACUGGAAGGAUGAGCGUGAAACGCCUUUGGGGCAUGAAGAGAUAGAAAUCAAGGUGGCGUGCACAGGAAUGAACUUCAAGGACGUUGUCAUCGCUAUGGGUCAAGUAUCCAGCCCAUAUCUCGGCGUCGAAUGCAGCGGCACUGUGUCUCGCAUCGGUUCUCGUGUGGGUUCCUUGAGGGUUGGCGAUCGAGUCUGUGCCAUGUCACUAGGCGCAUAUGGCACAUACUCUCGAUGUCUUGCUUCCAGCGCGGCAGUUAUUCCCCAUGACAUGAGCUUUGUGGUAGCAGCAUCAAUCCCCGUCGUAUACUGCACCGCAUAUUACGGUAUCAUGGAUCUGGCCAGGCUAGAAUACGGCGAGAAGAUCUUAAUCCACGCUGCAUCUGGCGGCGUUGGCCAAGCAGCCAUUCAGCUGGCGCAGAUGGUUGGCGCUGAGAUUUAUGCCACCGUUGGAAGUGCAGACAAAAAGCAGUUCAUUAUGGAUAAAUAUGGCAUUCCAGACAGUCAUAUUUUCUAUAGUCGAGAUGCUACCUUUGGCCCAGCCGUCCGAGAGGCUACAGGUGGCCGUGGAGUUGAUGUCGUACUCAACUCGCUUGCAGGCGACCUUCUUCGCGAAACGUGGGACUGCCUUGCGCCUUUUGGGCGUUUCAUUGAACUAGGCAAGCGAGAUAUCACGAAUAACACAAGGCUUGAGAUGGCUAAACUCGAGUAUAACUGCACCUUCAGCUCGGUUGAUUUGACCCUUGUUGCUGCGGAACGACCCAGAAUCUUGGAGCGCACUUUUGCGUCGGUGAUGCGCCUUGUCGAAAAUAAGACAAUCAGGCCCAUUGAGCCCAUUACUUCUGUCAGCAUCCAAGAUGUCGAAGGAGCACUUCGCAAGUUGCAAAGCGGCAAAACAGUAGGAAAGCUGGUGGUGACACAUGGUGGCUCUUGUCAGGUCAAGGUUACACAUCCUCCACCUCGCUCAGAUGUUCUGGAGCGCGAUGCGACAUAUGUUAUAAUUGGUGGGACAGGUGGCCUGGGACGGUCCAUCACACGACGAAUGGUCAGCCGCGGCGCUCGACACAUCGUCUUGCUCUCUCGAGGCGGUAAUGAAACAGAUAGCGUGAAAAAAUUGGUGAAGGAGAGCCGAAAGCUAGGCGCUUCGAUAUACGUUCUGCCUUGCGAUGUUGCUGAUGAGCAAAAGGUGAAGGAGCUAGUGGAUGAGCUGCAAGAUGAUCUGCCACCUAUCAGAGGCAUCAUUCAUGCUGCUAUGGUUCUUAGAGACGUGCUUUUUGAAAAGAUGACUUUUGAAGACUAUGAAGCUGUCGUUAGAAGCAAGGUCUCAGGAGCCUGGAAUUUCCACAACGCCCUCAUCAAAACUCCACUCCAGUUCUUCAUUGUCCUCUCCUCUGUCGCUGGCAUAGUGGGCAACCGCGGCCAAGCACAUUAUUCUGCGGCCAACACGUACCUUGACGCCCUUGUCCUACACCGACGCCGGCAAGGUUUGGCAGCCUCAUCUAUCGACCUUGCUGCCGUAGAGGGCGUUGGAUACUUAGCUGAAAACGGCGCCAAAAUGUCACAGGUCAUGAGGAACUUGUCAAACAACACCCUGGGCGAGGCAGAGGUUCUGGCACUGAUCGAAUCUGCAAUGACGGGCAAAGUCGACCGUUUCUGCCAGGGCCAAGUCAUCACGGGGCUAGGCUUUGACAAUGCAUCGUCAAUGCCGUUUUAUGCCUCUGAUGCCAAAUUCUCUCAUCUGCGUGAAGCUUUGCUCGCCGCAUCAGCCGACGCUGACGCCUCGUCGGGAUCUGAGGGCUUGUCCAUUUCUCAACAACUACGAAGAUGUAAAACUGCCGAGGAGGCUCAAGAAAUCGUGACGCUUGGUCUUCGCGAUAAGCUCGGCGCCAUUCUGAUGCUGUCAGAAGAGGUGAUGGCAGCACGACAAGGAAACACGUCCAUCACCGCUUUUGGACUGGACUCGCUCAACGCAAUUGAGCUCCGAAAUUGGAUUGGAAAAGAGCUCCAGGCUCAUUUGCAGGUUCUGGAGCUGCUGACUAGCGGGCGAGUCGCAGAUCUGGCUGGUCUGGUGCUGCGAAAGUCGAGAAUCGAGGGAGUCUGGACAGAGAAGUGAGAGAGAGUCGGACCUUAUCUGGUGAGAGCGAGAAUUGUUAGUUGCUUCAUGUGAAAAGCGAACGGCGGGUUAAUAAUUAGUUGGGCAUUACAAACCACUUGAAUAUUGUGAUAGAACGAAUGAAUCUUUUCUUUUCGUUACUGGUGAUGAUUUCGCCCCGCCAUCCAAAGUGCAAUGACGUGCAUAGACUGUUGCUGCCUCAGGAACUACGACCAUGCAAUCGAUAACAGAUCUUCUUAUCUAAGCGAGUUUUAUGCGACCUUGCCCAGAUGGGCAAUUAUCAUUUCAUGCAAAAAAAAAAAAUCGCCUCUGCUAUUUGAAAUGGUCGUGAACUAUCGCAAAUACUCACCUACAAGAAGACAUUUCUGUGGCG